GAGGCCGAGAGCUGCGACUGCCUGCAAGGAUUCCAGCUCACGCACUCUUUGGGCGGUGGUACCGGUUCUGGUAUGGGUACUCUGCUCAUUUCCAAAAUUCGCGAGGAGUACCCCGACAGAAUCAUGAACACGUAUUCCGUCGUGCCGUCGCCCAAGGUGUCCGACACGGUCGUCGAGCCGUACAACGCCACCCUCUCCGUACACCAGCUGGUCGAGAACACCGACGAGACCUACUGUAUCGACAACGAGGCCCUUUACGAUAUCUGCUUCCGCACCCUGAAACUGUCGACGCCAACGUACGGCGAUCUAAACCAUCUCGUCUCCCUCACGAUGUCCGGUGUCACGACCUGUCUGAGGUUCCCCGGUCAAUUGAAUGCCGAUCUUAGGAAACUUGCCGUAAACAUGGUACCCUUCCCCCGUCUCCACUUCUUCAUGCCCGGCUUCGCACCUCUCACGUCUCGCGGCAGUCAACAGUACAGAGCGCUCUCCGUACCGGAGCUCACCCAACAGAUGUUCGACGCCAAGAACAUGAUGGCAGCGUGCGAUCCCAGGCACGGCAGGUACCUCACAGUCGCCGCCAUCUUCCGCGGUAGAAUGUCGAUGAAGGAGGUCGACGAGCAGAUGCUCAAUAUUCAGAAC